AUGGCUUUUCGCUCGUGGGAUUUGUACGAGUAUCUGCUUUUGCAACGCACGACCAAACAUUCGUGGCCAAUCAAGACCGCUACUCAGCUCGAGAAGCCGCGAUACGUCAUCUUCGCUCUGCAAAUCUGUCGAAAAAAUAUCAUGGCUGAGGACCCGAGUCGAUUCGAUCAUUGCAAUUUGACUAAUGUGAAACUCUAUCUGAACUCUGAGUGUUAUUCGAGAGAGGAUAUGAAUUUGGAUUUUGGUAAAAACAGAUGGGCUAUUCUGUACGACAUGUACACGCGUUUCUGCAGAGCCUACCUCGGAUACGAGAAUCUCCAGCCAAGUCUCUCCAUUACGGAGUUUCUAUACAACGGUCCAUUCACCGUGAUCGACUGCUGUCGACAAAGCGAAUCGAUUAAAAGCGCAACCAUCGACGUGCGAUUCGAAUUCGAGACUAAUACUAACGUGCCGGAAAAUAGUAGCGCCUAUUGCCUUAUAAUACACGAUCUCGUGAUUCA